AUGGAAGGCAAGCGAGAUGAGGUCCUCGAAUGCAAGAGAGCGGCACGUGAAGCUAACAAAGGAACUUCGUCCUCCUCUCGCGCGCCCCCCAAACCAGCUGCUGCCACUGGCAAGCCUGGCGGCCUUCGUUAUGAUACUGGGGGUAGGGCUUACCUUUUGGAUAGUGAGACACGUCAAGCUAUCUACAUUGCCACUGAUCAAGCUCCCGACCCAACCCCUGAACCUGAAAGUCGUGAGUUCGCUGGUCUUGCCAGUGAUACUAUGACCCCCACAUUCAUACGCAAACUCUCUGCGGUCGACGACCACGAAUACACCGCGCUCUUGGCUGCUGUUGAGCCUCUCCAAACUAGCCUCGACUGGCGUCAAUGCUCCCGUGCGGUCGACUUUGCAGGCCUCACUUACAAGGCUCCCAACCAGCGCAAUAAAACCAUUGUCGACCCCUCUAUCAUUCUGUUCUUCUUAGACAGCGGAGCAUCAGUUCACAUCAGCAACUGUGAGACCGACUUCUUUCAUUUGCGACCUAUCCCUCCCCGUGUUGUUAACAGCUUUCAUCCCUUUGUGCCGCUCAUUGUUGUAUCGCGUCAUUCGAUGCUACCAAUUGCUGGGUCCAGGCCCGCAGUGGAGCACGCAUGCUGUCUGGCAUCUUGA